AUGGCCUCAGCUGGGGGCUUGACACGCCGACGAGGCGGCGGUCGAGCUGCUGGCCCAGAAGAACAAGAUGACAGUCGAGUCUCGUCGCCUGUCUCGAGAAACAAUUCCGCCAUGGACAAUCGUGGCCCGGAGACCUCAUUCACCGCUGGGGAAAACGGCCACAAGAUCGCAUUCGACCCCCGCGACCUCAGUGAAACCGAAGAGCGAAGCAAGCAACCCAAGCUCACCUUGAUGGAAGAGGUGCUGCUGUUGGGACUAAAAGACAAGCAGGUGAGUUGCAAAGGAGGAAGAGGGGCCUGGCUAGACUGCCUCAGUGGUGCCAGCAAUCCGACCAAAGUCGAGUGUCUAACAUUUUGGGAAUCUUCGCAGGGCUACCUGUCCUUCUGGAACGAGAACAUCUCCUACGCCCUGCGCGGGUGUAUCGUUAUUGAACUUGCGCUCCGAGGUCGCAUAAGCAUGCAGAAGGACUCCUCGCGACGACGCUUUCCCCUAGCCGACCGCGUGAUCGAGGUCAUCGACGACACAUUGACCGGGGAGGUCUUGCUGGACGAGGCACUAAAGAUGAUGAAAUCGAGCGAGAAAAUGAGCGUGAACUCAUGGAUCGAUUUGAUGAGUGGCGAGACAUGGAAUUUGAUGAAGAUCGGAUACCAAUUGAAACAAGUGCGUGAGCGACUGGCCAAGGGUCUGGUGGACAAGGGUAUCCUGCGAACCGAAAAACGGAACUUCCUCCUCUUCGACAUGGCAACUCACCCGGUUGCCGAUAGCGGCGCCAAGGAAGACCUGCACCGUCGCGUGCGUAACAUCUGCAGCAACCGCACUGUGAUCAUUCCUCCCAGUCCGUGGCUCCCCGAGGACUCCGAAUUCCGCUAUCUGCGCACUGUGACGAUGGUGUGUGCAGCAUACGCGGCGAACGUAUUGGAGAAUGCCCUGGUCACAAUGAGCCACGAAGCGCGUGAGAGAGCCUUUGCUCAGGUGGAUGAGCUAUUGGCAGAGUACUCGCAAUAUCCGUUUGCUCGGCGGGCAGGUGGGUCGCAGGCGAUUGGAGCCAACCUAGCCCAGGCCAUCAACGACGAGGCCAACAAGAACAAGGACCGAGAGCUCCAAUUGGAGAUUGUCGCCGCAUGCUUGAGCGUUUUCACCAGACUUGAUUCUUUACUUUAA